GGGAAGAACAAAGAAUGGCGGAUAAACCAUGAUACUUUUUCACGAGAAAAAGACCAUAAUAUACCAAAAGAAGCGGGAAAUACAACCAGCUGAAAGGUUUCAGUGAAAGGUAUUUCAAACAGUGUAUUUCCUCAGCAGAGUGGUAAAAUAAGCGGAGCAGAUUAUAGCAAACUAUAGCAAAUGUUUGCACACGAUGACUCGCAAAGUGAAGUCGUCGCUUUUAAUUUUCGGUAGAAAAAAAAACGUAAGGAAAUGUGAAAAUGUUGAUCGAAACCCGUCCUUUGCACGGUGGUACGUUCUUUUGUGCCUAUGAAUAACUAAAUUUGUUUGUCUUAUCUAAUGGUUGUGAUAAAAGCCCGAUUAUUGUGCUCCGAAUCCAUCGCAUUGACUUUCAGUGACAGUGAAUGUCAGUAGUAAUGUGAGAAAACAAAGGGCAGGGCAUUUGAAACUGGGGGCAGCUACAAUAUACAAAGUGGAGGGAUUACAGGAUACCCGGCCCCCAAAAUAGGCUGUUUUAGCCACAGAAGAGGCCCUGCCAGGUGGGGGUCCCAUGUUGCCCAUCUGAAUUUUAAAACUUCUCGUGUCUGUGCUUAUAAAUGCUUGUCGCUUAUUGUUAGCUUUGCCGUCACUGUCGCAAUUUGGCCGAGGGAGGUUCUCUUGUUGCGAUUUCAUUUUACGCGCUGUUGCAACUUUUUGGGCCAUGUUGCUUGUCGGAAUUUACCCUGGCAGGGCCUCACAGAAUGGGAAUGUCAGUUGACAAUGGGAAAGCGCAUGGAAAGGACUAAACCAGACUAAACACGACUUCUGGUGCCCAAUUUGCUGCUCUGUCAUUGGUCAACCCAAAUAUUUUAUUUAUGUAUACGGUCCUCAACUGACAUUCCCGUUUUUCUGCUAAAUCAGCCUAAUAUCUUACUUGAAAAACUGCUCCCGCAGUUCCGCAGUCGUGUUCUAUUAUGCUGGGUCCACAGUCUCACAGCCUGGUGAUCAGGAUGUUACAUGUUGAUAGAUCAUUGAUCAUCGGAAAGCUGGCUGAUAAGUCAAUAGUGCUUGAUUUUUGUCAAUAAUUGUUGAUUCAUUAGAUAAUGUUCUCAGGACAGGUAAUAAUUUUGAUAGACUUUUUGGAGAAUAUCUGUUGAGGAUUUACGGCCUUUACACAAACUUUACAUGAAUGCCGUUUAAGGAAAAGGAUUUGGAUGUGCCAAUUCUUCCAACACACAUGGAUGUUACUCAUUUACAAAUGAAGAUAAAAAAACUGUUCAAACAAAUGUUGCAAAAGCUGAAGUAGACUUUUAAGAAAGUCCUUCAUCCGAUGUAAUAAUGGCACAAAACUUUUGGAACUGAUGUUGUUAACUGAUGUUGGAAACGUUGCUUCUGAUCCUUUUUAUCUGCCAAUAUAUAAAAAUCAAACUCUAUCACCAAUUUCAUCAAAAAUCGAUAAUCACAUAAAAUUUAUGAUUGACUGUUAAUUGAUUUCAGAUAUCUGUCGAUUGAUUAGUAUCAAAAUUAUCGACAUGCAACAUCCUGGUUAGUAGAUGAAGAAUUAAAUCCAAGUCAGUAAAACGGGUGUUCCCGCAGCUCUGACUCCUGCAGUUGAUAUCAGGAUUUAUUAUGCAAAUUGGACCAUGGGAGCAGUUUUUUUAAGUCAGGACCCAGUUGUUCAAACGUCGGAUACCGCUAUCCACCCAGCGGAUAGCGUAAUUGAUUUCCGUAAUACUUAUCCGCUGGAUAGUGAUUUAUCCAGUGAAUAGUGCUACCCAACGUUUGAACAACCGGGGCCAGAUGUUUAGUGGGCCGGUUAUUCUUCAAACAAGCCUACAGAAUUACAUUAUUGCUGCCCUGGCUUAUCUGUGAAUGCAAACAAAUUAGCCAGCAUGCUGGUCAUUCUCUGUUUUGAGAUGAGACCUUAUUAUUAUAUUUUACUGCAAACAAUCAAAACAAGAGAGAUCCCAACUGAUGCCUUGGUAGGCAGUUAAAAGACGCCCUGACUUCAUUCUUUUUCAGUAACCACUGUUUGCUAUGUGAUGGACUUGUUGGAGGAACAGGAAACUGUAGGAAGUAUCAGCUCAGAUGCUUUUUCAGCUUCUUCAGAGAUCAGCCUUUCAAAAGAAACAGAUUCUCUCGUCGUGUGUCCAUCAGAUGAUGGUGCAGAUGCAGCCUCUGUUAAACAAGGUAAUGUUUAAAAUGUCUGAUUAAUAUUUCUGGUUGGAUAACAUGAAAAGGCACUUCGUGAUAUUUCCACUUUAUGUGGAGUAAAAUCCUUAUUCACGAACGCUGCACACGCGUGCCUCAUAAAUAAAAUGUAGGAAAUGAGUAUAAUGUCAUACCCAAGUGUCUAACAACACGUUGCACUAAAGAGCAUCUGGUGAAGAGCACAGACAGAGUAGAUGUUGUAACAAAUAACGUUUACGUAAUUUAUGUGAAAAGAUUUCAACACUUGAGUGAUUUACCAGUAGAUCCACAUUUUAUGGCAAAUUAAACAAACAUCAGAUUCAAGUUCACAGUUUCUAAAAUUCAGAAGUGAGUUGAUAGUUUUAAUGGAUGAAUCAUUACUAGUCACAAAGUGUUUCCCAGCAAAUGUAUUGUAUUUUUGUAUUUCAGCAUCAGAGGUGUGUAAGGAUUGCUCUCCAUCUGUAGAACAGUCACUUCCUAGUGAAAUCAUGGCUGACUGUGCAGGCCAUGUUAGCAACCAAUGUGUUACAAUAGUCACAGAUGCCAUCCACUGUGGCUCACAAGUGUUAGAUGAUCAAAGAACAAAGGAUGCAGAGCCAGAUGAUGGAGGUAUUUUACAUUGCCAUAUGUGGGAUAUUAAUUUGCCCUCAACUCAGUUUAGUAGAAAAGAAAGCAUCAACUUCAGUAAAUUCUGUAACAUAUUGACCUUAGGAUAGGGAGACGUUUCUGGAGUCUAGUUUAAAUCUUCCCAAACAUUCCUAAAUUUCAUUUUUCUCGUAAGGGUUUUCAUGUAUUGACCUCAAAUUGCUAUCGAAAAAACCUGGGCGUUGGAUGCAACAAUGAUUCCUUUCUUGAUUAAGAUUUAUUGUCAGAAAUUGCAUAAUCAUUUCAUUUUCCUUCAUGUAUUGACCUCGCUAUCGCUUGGUCAAUACAUCAAGGUCUCAGUCUAAGAUUUCCCUGUAAUGACCGAACAGAUGAGGUUAAAAAGUUAUUUAUUAGAUGGCCUUUUCAUUAUGGACCUGAGCUUGCAAUCAAUAAUAUUAAAAUAUUAAAACCAACAGAUACCCUUUUUGACAGCUGUCAAUUGACCAUAACAUGGAUGUCCAUAAGGAUGUCCACUAUCAAGUUUAACACAAAUUGUUUGUAUAUACCUUGGACAGCUAGCUAGUAAUGCCCAGUCAUUACAAGAAAAAAAUGCCUGAUCAUUACAAGAAAACAGCCAAUCAGACCCGUGUGUACUAUUGUAGCCAUAUAAUGAUAACUUUUAUUAACCUGUAUAGUUUACUGUGUUUUGUGUUGCACAUUGUAUUGACCUGUAUUAGACAAGAGAGCCCAAAUGAACGGUAUUGCAAUACCAUGAAGGAUCUUCCUUUACUGAAUGCCAUUAGCCAAAAGGAUGAAAAACCUUAUACCGCAGGACUAGAUGAUACCACAAUACAUUGUGUUCAUAUUUACCAGACAGGUCUUAAUGUUAUUGACUUUUUUUUCAGGUUUGCUCUUUGUCCAAACUUCAAGUUGUCCUGAGGAUGGUCAGCAAAAUCACAUGCUUCUGUUAUCCAGGUCUCGUGACACUACAAAGUAAGUCCUACCAGAAACUUGAAGGGAUUGCUGUUGAGGGCAUUGUGCCGACCUAUUUUGGUCCAACAGGAAUAACAACUCAACUCAUAAAAAGUAGACUAAAGUAACCUUUGUAAGUUUUCUAGGUCUUCCACAAUACCUAUUAGUGUUUCGCUAUAAUAUUAACAUGUGCAACAUUAAAGUAAAUUUAUAAGAUGUUUAUAGGUUUGUGAUUUAUUGCAAUGGCUGAUCCAAGCUUCCAGUCAAGUUGACUAAUACAACAGUGGUUCAGUAUUUUCCUGCAGCACUUACCAUUAGCCAGAACUUGAUCAUGAAGAAGGUUCCACUAUUAAUCCAGUCUGUUCUGCCAGAGAGCCAGAGAAAGUGAACUUGUCAUUUUUAUUACAGUGAUGAACACCCUUUGAUUAGCCUUCAGCAAAGACUUUGGUUUUGUCAACAAUUUUUCAUCAAAUUUAUGAAAGCUUUGAUGGAUUCCAUUAAUUUUAGUACAGUGCAAUCCAAAACCAAGAUGUUUAAUUUGCACCAUAGGGGCUUAAUUUAGAAAAGUAUAAAACAAUAAUGUUGUAAUAGGAAAAAUUAAUUUAUUGAUAAUGAUGCAUCAUCCUAAUAGAAAUAUAUAUUUUCAUUCCCACUGACAGAAACCUUCCAAGGAUGUUUGAAUGUAAAUAUCCAGACUGUGGACGGACAUUCAGCACUGCAGGCCACCUCAGAUAUCACACACGCACACACACCGGAGAAAAGCCAUAUUCGUGCUCCCAUGAGGGCUGUGGAAGAAAUUUUACCUCAUCUGGCUAUUUGCGCUAUCACCAGUGUACACACAGCGGGAAGAGGACCUUCAAAUGUCAGCAUCCUGGCUGUGAUCGUGUGUUUGCUUGGCCAGCACACAUGAAGUACCACAUGAAGACUCACACGGGGGACAGAGCAUAUCACUGCUCAUUUGAAGGCUGCAACAAGAGCUUUUAUGUGUUACAGCGACUCAAUGUUCACAUGAGAGUACACACGGGUGAAAGACCUUAUACCUGUAAUGUGGAAAAUUGUAUGAAGUCAUUCACUACACAAGGAAAUUUGAAAAAUCACAUGAGAAUACAUACUGGUGAGUGUAGGGAUAAAAAAACCCAAUAAGCUUUAUUUACCUGAAAUCAAUUAUGUUUCAAAUAUAGAUCACCUGCAUACAGCGAAGAGAGGAGAGGCAGGUGGUAUGAAGCUGUAUAACUUACACUUUUACAAUAAAGCACUUUUUGGCCAAACAGGCAGGACAUACAUUAGAGUGCAAGACAUGAUGUAACAGGGUUUUCCGCUCAAACCUCAUCUCUCUCGCUUUCCAGACCUCUUGAUAGGGGCUAAGGGUGGGGUGCUCUUUAAAACAUUUUCUUGGCAGUAGGGAUUGGUUUUGUCCCAUACAUAUCUCUGUUACUGUAGGGUUGAAUCUAGCCUGUGAAGACAGCCAACAUUUUUCUACCCCACCACUGGCCUCCCAUGCAAUGACAUCUGACAAGCAAGUGCAAGAACAUUAUUACUUGUAUGGCACUUGCUGUUUGAGACCAAGGCUAUGCAAGUAAAGUGGAUGAGGUUUGGAAAGAAGUAAAAUGUUGUAAAAUAUUUGUUAGAAAUCUGAGGUAGAAGAGUUACAAUAUUGGGCAGAAUAAAAUGGAACGGCAAACCCCCAUUCCCUCAAAAUCAAGGAUGAAGCCGUGCAAAAGCCAAAACGUCCCACUUUCCAAUCCUUGAUUAGGGGUCCGGGGGUCCUAAAUGUUUCAUCUAUUUUGUCCAAGAUUGUACCUCGGCAUUGAACAGAAAUGUUGUUUGUUAGGUGAGAGACCCUACUCCUGCCCUGUGGAGGGGUGUGGUAGAACCUUUACAGAACACUCAAGCUUACGGAAGCACAAGCUCAUACAUACUGGUGAGAAGCCUUACGUUUGUGAAAUCUGUGGAAAAACGUUUAGCCAGAGUGGAAGCAGAAAUGCUCAUCAGAAAAGGCACACAGACACCAGCAAAGAUAAGAAGAGAAAAACACCAAGCAAGAGUCUACCUGCUUCAGUGAUUGUACAAGGAGAUGAUCAAGUUGAACAUCAAGGAGAUAUACUGCCACAAAUUGAGAACAUUGAUGAAACAGGUAGAGUGUGUGAUACCGUUAGAGUAUUUGAACUGUAUUUUCUCCAGUGGUACCCACUGUACAGUCGAACCUCUCUGUACAUACACGUCUCUAAUACGGACGCCUCUCUACUACGGACAGUUUCUAGUCUCCCGACAAAAUUCUCAUAUGUUUUCUUUUAACACAACCUCUAUAAUUUGGACUCUCUCUAAUACGGACAACGGACACUAAAUCUCGGCGCCAGAGAGGAAAUUUAUAUAAACUUAUCCUCUUUAUUACGGACACCGCGGUGAUCACGUGAAUUCCGAGUCCCGAUCAGGUGAAUCUGUUUUAAUCCCGUUAGUCUGGCUGGUUGGCUAUGCAAGGUGAUAAAAAAGCCCAGUCGCUGUAUACCAAACAACGAUUUGCGAAAGGUGUACAGAGGAAUAUAGCCGACUUUUUGAAGGCUUCAAUAACUACAGAUGGCAUAAAGAUCUUUUAUAUUACAUUUUGUUCUCUAGCUACUUUUCAGUGCACUUCCAAAUAGCGAAAGACGCUUUCAGAAUUGUACUUUACGUUACAACUUUUUACAUGCAGCAUUGCGCUGUAGCUCGUUUCGUUUUAAAACAGUAAUUUGUCUGUAGCUGAGAUGUACAAAGUUGUAUGCUACUGAAAGACAGUGUCUUUGUACUGUAAAUUUAUAACUUAUAACAGUUCAAAGACGAGUGUGAGCCUGGUUUUAGCUCCUGAACACUUAAAACUGUAAGUGGAGUCAUAAAAGUGACGUCAUCAUAGUGACCUCGUUUAUACGGACACCUCUCUAAUACGGACCCUUCGCUCUGUCCCUUGAGUGUCCGUUUUAGAGAGGUUCGACUGCACAUUUAUUGAUGGCAAAAUUAUAAGUUGAAACACUUUGCCUUUCCCUUAAGGGGCUUUCUGGCGUUGAAGCUUUUCCUCAUGUAAAAUAGUGUCAUAUAGUAACAGUCGAUCCGUGCAAUCUUGUGCUCUUUUUGGACUGCGUGGUUUCUGGCAAAAGCGACAAUGAAGAGGCCCUGCCAGAGGGGGGAGGAGGGGUCCCGUGUCGCCCGUCUGAAUUUUAAAACGUCUCGUGUCGGUGUUUAUAAAUGCUUGUCGCUUAUUGUCGGCUUUGCCGUCACUGUCGCAAUUUGGCCGAGGGGGGCUGUCUCUUGUCGCGAUUUUAUUUUACGCGCUGUCGCUACUUUUUGGGCCAUGUCGCUUGUCGGAAUUUACCCUGGCAGGGCCUCAAUGAACCGUACAAUCUUAAUAAAAGGGUCAAUAUUUGCACAAUGGUGGCUUUCAGAGGUGGCCAAUAUUAUUUUGUCUUUCUUAAAUCGUCAUUGAAGACAAUCAUUUUCCUGUUAAACUAGGCCUGACCUCGCUCUCUGUUCUGUGGAAGGGUGCACUAAUAAAUUAUUUAAAUCUGUCUUCCUAGGAGAAGAAGAUGAGCAGGCAGUUUCUUCACAAGCGCUGGUGUACUCCCAGGCUGAUCAUACCAUUGUCUCUCAGGCUACUGCAGAUCAAAUGGUGUUAGCUCAACCAAUAGUAGCCAAGGAGGUCUCCAUAGAAACAACACCAGUACAUACUAUGUCACUUCUGGUACACGCAACGGACGAGGCAAUGACAAACCAAGAGAACCUCGCUCAGGCAACGGCUGAUGUAGUGUCACUCGCAGAAACUGUGGUGGCACAACAGGCAGUUAUCCAUACCAUGUUGGACGGAGCGGCCAUCAUACCGACAAGCAGCCAAUCAGAGCUCUCUGUUGUAGAUCACGUGUUACAUCCUUCAAAUGUUGAGCAGAUGAUGCAGAGUGUUGUGAGUCAACAUAUUCUUAGUGGCCACAUUCAUCUUCCGAUGACCGAGGAGGACCUGGAGCCGGCGACCCAAGAAGAGAGUGGGGCAGGUGUACCUCAUUUGACAAUAGACUUAUCAGGGUUUAUCCAACAAACUGAGGAGCAAACAGUACAAGAUGGCGACGAAGAUGAAGAAACAUAACUUUAUUUUUCUAUUUUAGUCUCGUCCUUCUAGGUUACUCGCGAGGCGAUGUAAAUGAACUUUCAAAGACACUAUUCACUACUAUUAGUAAAACGACUUCUUUAAUAGUUUUUGUAAAAACCAGUCUCUUAGGCUGACCGUCUUGCUAACAUCACCAAGAUGUGUACACUGGAAGUCAAUAAAUAAAUUGAACAUUAGUUAUCUGGUUGAAAAAAAGGAUUAAUUAUUUACCCAGAUAUUCUACCCGUGGUCGUUCAAACUACCAAC